GCAGCGCAGAGGGGCGGGGCCUACGGCGCGAGACCCGGUGCGGGAGGCCUGGGCAGGGAGAAGUGUGCGGGGCUGGGACCCGCCGGCUCCGAGUCCGGCUCCGAGUCCGGCUCCGGGGGGCUGGGCGGGAGGGGCUGGCGCGGCAGCGGGAGCCCAGCGCAGCGCUAAAGCGGGUCAAGUGUCCUCCUUUUCUCCCCGCCCCUUCUCCUCCUCCCACCUGGGCCUCUGCGUGGAGACGCGCACCUGGCAACCGGAGGCCGCGUCUCCGCCUUCUCGGCUCGCGCCUGGCUCCCCGAGCCUGCCCGGGACCUCCGCCGGAGCCGCGCUCGCUGCAGGCGGCCUCGAGCGCUCUCUCGUUGAUGCCGUUUUGGAGGUGACCGGCGCGGCGGCCGCUCUAUGGUGGGGCCGCGUUAGUGGCUGCGGCUCCGCGGGACUCCAGGGCGCGGCUGCGAGGUGGCGGGGCGCCCCGCCUGCAGAACCCCGCGCGCAGCUCGGGUUUCGGGGUGCUUGAGGAGGCCACCACGGCAGCGCGGGAGCGGAAGAUGUUGGAGCUGAGGUACCGGGGAAGCUGCCCCGGCCCCGGGGAAGCGGUGUCGCCGCCACCCCGUGAGGGAGAGGCGGCCGGCGGCGACCACGAAACCGAGAGCACCAGCGACAAAGAAACAGAUAUUGAUGACAGAUAUGGAGAUUUGGAUUCCAGAACAGAUUCUGAUAUUCCGGAAAUUCCAGCAUCCUCAGAUAGAACCCCUGAGAUUCUCAAGAAAGCUCUAUCUGGUUUAUCUUCCAGGUGGAAAAACUGGUGGAUACGUGGAAUUCUCACUCUAACUAUGAUCUCGUUGUUUUUCCUGAUCAUCUAUAUGGGAUCCUUCAUGCUGAUGCUCCUUGUUCUGGGCAUCCAAGUGAAAUGCUUCCAUGAAAUUAUCACUAUAGGUUAUAGAGUCUAUCACUCCUAUGAUCUACCAUGGUUUAGAACACUGAGUUGGCACUUUCUAUUGUGUGUAAACUACUUUUUCUAUGGAGAGACUGUAGCUGAUUAUUUUGCUACAUUUGUUCAAAGAGAAGAACAACUUCAGUUCCUCAUUCGCUACCACAGAUUUAUAUCAUUUGCCCUCUAUCUGGCAGGUUUCUGCAUGUUUGUACUCAGUUUGGUGAAGAAACAUUAUCGUCUGCAGUUUUAUAUGUUCGCAUGGACUCAUGUCACUUUAUUGAUAACUGUCACUCAGUCACACCUUGUCAUCCAAAAUCUGUUUGAAGGCAUGAUAUGGUUCCUUGUUCCAAUAUCAAGUGUUAUCUGCAAUGACAUAACUGCUUACCUUUUUGGAUUUUUUUUUGGGAGAACUCCAUUAAUUAAGUUGUCUCCUAAAAAGACAUGGGAAGGAUUCAUUGGUGGUUUCUUUUCCACAGUUGUGUUUGGAUUCAUUGCUGCCUAUGUGUUAUCCAAAUACCAGUACUUUGUCUGCCCAGUGGAAUACCGAAGUGAUGUAAACUCCUUCGUGACGGAAUGUGAGCCCUCAGAACUUUUCCAGCUUCAGACUUAUUCCCUUCCACCCUUUCUAAAGGCAGUGUUGAGACAGGAAAGAGUGAGCUUGUACCCUUUCCAGAUCCACAGCAUUGCUCUGUCAACCUUUGCAUCUUUAAUUGGCCCGUUUGGAGGCUUCUUUGCCAGUGGAUUCAAAAGAGCCUUCAAAAUCAAGGAUUUUGCAAAUACCAUUCCUGGACAUGGUGGGAUAAUGGACAGAUUUGAUUGUCAGUAUUUGAUGGCAACUUUUGUACAUGUGUACAUCACAAGUUUUAUAAGGGGCCCAAAUCCCAGCAAAGUGCUACAGCAGUUGUUGGUGCUUCAACCAGAACAGCAGUUAAAUAUAUAUAAAACCCUGAAGACUCAUCUCAUUGAGAAAGGAAUCCUGCAACCCGCCUUGAAGGUAUAAUUUGAUCCAGAGAGGGAAGGACUGACAAGAAGGAAUUCUUCAGAAAAACACUGACAGAUGUUUUGUGAAUUGUACAGAAAAAUAGUUAAAAAUGCAAUAGAUUGAAGUUUUGGAGAUAUGUUUCUCUCUGAAAUUACUGUGAAUAUUUAACAAACACUUACUUGAUCUAUGUUAUGAAAUAAGUAGCAAAUUGCCAGCAAAAUGUCUUGUACCUUUUCUAAAGUGUAUUUUCUGAUGUGAACUUCCUUCCCCUUACUUGCUAGGUUUCAUAAUUUAAAGACUGGUAUUUAAAAGAGUCAAACACUAUAAAAUGAGUAAGUUGAGGAUGUUUUAAGAUUGCACCUGGCACUGUGCCUUUUUGCACAAAUAUUUACUUCUGCACUUGGAGCUGCUCUUAAUUUUAGCAAAAUGUUUUAUGCAAGGCACAAUAGGAAGUCAGUUCUCCUGCACUUCCUCCUCAUGUAGUCUGGAGUACUUUCUAAAGGGCUUAGUUGGAUUAAAAAAAAAAAAAAAGUUUGUCUGCUUUUCAAAGAAGUAACCAUUUGCCAGGGGAAAACAUUCUGCUUUUAGGUAGUUUCAAAAUUCAGGGGAGGGAGCCUGAAAUUUUUGCCAUGAUUGGUUGGUUAGAGCAGGCAUCAAACUACUUCUGAUAAAAUUGAUUGGAAGAUCACGACCUCGCAAAAACUUUUCAAGAGCAACAAGCAAGAAUCCUGCUGUGUAGAACACAGUGUACAGAUCCUCCGCAGAUUAUCUCAACAGAGGACAGUAGCUCAGGAGGCCACGCCAAACAGUGACCUGUGGCCUGGGCCAUCUCUUGGUCAUGUGUUUCACUUUUCCUUGUUGCCCUGUGAACUGGCUUCCAUGGUUCUGUAGGGUAGUGAGUCGGGGUUGUGGCUGCAGCAGAGCAGAAGAUGCUCGCCCGAGUGGGAGUGACCCACCCCCGUGUCCCUGCUGCCUCACUCCUGGCUUCUACUGCAGCCCUUUGUAGACUCACCUCGCAAGAAGGAAGAUCUGCCUGGAGACCUGAUCCCAGUCCAGCUUUUUGGUCGUAGGUCAUCUUUGUCCCAUUGCUCUUUUGCAUCAUGUCAUAAAAUUUGAGGAUAUCAGCUGAUUAUUUUUUCUUCCAAGAAUGAAAAUCAAGCAGAAUUGAUUCCUACAAGGAAAAAAAAGCACACGAAUGCCAAACCUUUCCUUUGGUGGACUGGACACUAACCAGAUGAGAGUAAAUUUCUUAUCCGUGGACGUAUGUAAGCUACUGCUGCUGUGUGCUCUCCACAGCCAUAUUUAUUGUAUUAAACAAUCAGCACUAAACCUUCAAAACUUGCCCAGUGCUCCUAGUUAAAUGUUCAGAGGGGAGAAAUAGAUAUAUUUUAAAUAAUGUUUUGCUAAUGAAAAGAGUAAAUAUUUUUGUUUAAAUCAGCAAAAACUUUCCAUUAUUUUAUAUUUCCGUCUGACUACUAUACCUAAAACAAAAGAUUGCCGCUAUACCCGGGUUCCACUGAUGCAGUCAGCUAGCAGCCUCAUCACAUGCACACGUGAUUAGACAUAGGUGCACUCAGUACCAAGAGUGCAUUUUAUGGUCCAGCAUACACUCCAUUGAUUCAUCAUCACUGCAUGCGUUCAGCCAGUGUAUCUCACACUAUCUGUGUAAAUCUAAAACUGGUACUGGCAAUGUUAGUAGAGGAGGCAGUGAUCACAUUUAAAAUCAGGCCACUUACAAGUUUAAUUUUCAACAUCUCAUGUUUUUAUUUGUCCCAUUACAGCUUCAAAUGUUGGUCAUAAAAAAAAUUUAAGCUACUAAAGUUUAAAGAAUAAAAUGAAAAUUUUGUGAUAAGAACGUACAUUAAAAACUCAGUAGUUUGCAUGAGUAAGAACUCCUUGAGAUACACAGAUUCCCCCCACAUUUGUAUUUAAAAUAAUUGGUGAGGCAUUGAGAUACAGAAUUAUAAGAAAGCAUUACUGAAUAUGUGUGUUCUAAAGUCAAUAUUAUAAACAAAAUAUGGAGCUAGAAAUAUUUGGGAUCACAGUAAUAGCUUUUCACAAAUAUACUUUUCGAGUUGAAUGUACGUUAUCCUAUAUGUAAAAAAGCAAAUUCUUAAUUUUAACGGAGCUCUCGAUUGACCUUUUCAGCAUACUUUUAUAGCAUGUAUAUUGAAAUAGAAUAUAUUUUAGCAAAAGGUUGCCAUAAAACUCUUGACUUGGCUCAUUUUGGUAUUUGCACUGUGAAGAGGGCUUAAAUUCCAAUGUAGCAAUAUGCUGGUAGAAAAAUGAAAAACUGGGAAGUUCUUUCACAGUAAUGCCUAAUUGUUCCAAAUUUGCUAUAUUUGGAGGUGCUCUACUGGUACUUCCUGCUUGACUCUCUGACCUGUGGGAUGCACAUUCUUCCUCAACGCUUUUUCCUUUUGGUGGUGACGUAUGUUCACUAUCUGAGAGUAAAAGACCAUACACGCCCCUCUUUUUAAAAUUAAUAGUAUCUCUUCCUUUUCACUUUGGUUUGAACAAAGAUAGUGUCACCUUGUUCCAUGAAAAAGAAAAAGCAUAAACAGUGUAUAUUUAGGGUAUAUGGGUGAUAGCUUAUGAUAUGUGUCAAUCAGUUCUCUGAAUCUUUUACUGAAACUGAGAUAGGAAAAUAAAACUGAAACAAAUCAUA